UAACCUUACUUUUCUUGCACCAGGUUUUUCCAUAACCUCAUAGUGGGUUUUGUCUUCUGUUCUUACAGUUUCAAAACUCUUGACAUUUCUUGUCCGGGUUCAAAGACAAAGCCUGAUAACAAAACAAAACAAAACCAAACUUCUUCUUUUCCUCAAUUCAUCAAAUUCUUGAGUUUCUAGGUUUUUAACAGGAAACCCCCUUCUUUUUUUUUUUUGAUUCUUUGAUUUGAGCUCUGGGAGCGUGAAAGUUUUGAUAUUGAUUUGGUAAUGGAGGGUGGUGAUAUUUAUAAAGCGAGUAGUAGUUUAAGGAGAAGUUUACGAGCAGGUAGUUCUUCGAUAUGGAGAAACAAUGGUGUGGAAGUUUUUUCAAGGUCAUCUCGAGAAGAGGAUGAUGAAGAAGCUUUAAAGUGGGCUGCACUUGAGAAACUACCAACUGUUGCUCGUCUCAGGAAAGGAAUACUGACCAGCUCUCAAGGUGGUGCCAAUGAAAUCGAUGUUUAUGACCUUGGAUGGCAAGAAAGGAGGACUUUGCUUGAGAGGUUGGUCAAAGUUGCAGAGGAAGACAAUGAGAAAUUCUUGUUGAAGCUCAGGAAACGCUUAGAUAGGGUUGGCAUUGAUCUUCCCACAAUUGAAGUUAGAUUCGAACAUCUAAAUAUUGAAGCUGAAGCUUUCGUAGGAACCAGUGCUUUGCCUACAGUUCUUAAUUUCACUACUGGUAUAUUUGAGGGCUUGUUGAAUUAUAUGGGUAUUCUUUCUAGUAGAAAGAGAAAGCUGACCAUCCUCAAAGACGCCAGUGGCAUCGUUAAGCCGGGCAGGAUGACGUUGCUUUUGGGUCCUCCAAGUUCUGGAAAGACCACUCUCUUAUUGGCUUUAGUUGGGAAGCUUGAUCCUGCUCUCAAGUGUUCGGGGACAGUGACUUACAAUGGGCAUGGCAUGGAUGAGUUUGUGCCUCAGAGAACAGCUGCCUAUAUCAGUCAACAUGAUCUUCACAUAGGAGAAAUGACUGUGAGGGAAACUUUGGCCUUUUCUGCAAAAUGCCAAGGGGUUGGAACGCGUUAUGAGAUGUUAGCAGAGUUGUCAAGAAGAGAGAAACAAGCAAACAUUAAACCUGAUCCUGAUAUUGAUGUCUUCAUGAAGGCUGCAGCAACCGAAGGUCAGGAAGCAAAUGUAGUCACAGAUUAUAUUCUAAAGAUUUUAGGACUGGAUGUAUGUGCAGACACUAUGGUAGGAGAUGAAAUGUUAAGGGGCAUCUCUGGAGGACAAAGGAAGCGUGUCACAACAGGUGAAAUGCUGGUUGGACCAGCAAAAGCACUGUUUAUGGAUGAGAUAUCUACUGGUCUGGACAGCUCUACAACUUUCCAAAUUGUGAACUCCCUCAAGCAAAUUGUUCACAUCCUUAAUGGAACCGCAGUCAUCUCUCUUCUCCAGCCAGCUCCAGAGACAUAUGAUUUGUUUGAUGACAUUAUUCUCCUUUCUGAUGGCCAAAUAGUAUAUCAGGGUCCUCGAGAACACGUGCUGAGCUUUUUUGAAUCUAUGGGCUUUAGGUGUCCUGAGAGAAAAGGUGUGGCUGACUUCUUGCAAGAAAUUACAUCCAGGAAAGAUCAAAUGCAGUAUUGGGUACGUAGAGAUCAACCUUACAGGUUUAUCACGGCUAAUGAAUUUGCUGAGGCAUACCAAUCAUCCCAUGUGGGAAUGAAACUUGGCAAUGAACUUAGAACUCCAUUUGAAAAAACGAAGAGCCACCCAGCUGCUUUAACAACUAGAAAAUAUGGUGUUGGAAAGCGGGAGUUGCUGGAAGCUUGCAUCUCAAGGGAAUAUCUGCUGAUGAAGAGAAACUCUUUCGUCUACAUCUUCAAGUUUACGCAACUCACAAUAAUGGCAUUAAUUACCAUGACACUCUUUCUGAGGACUGAGAUGAAGCGAGAUUCAGUUGAAGGUGGAGGAAUCUAUAUGGGGGCCUUGUUUUUUGGCUUGACUAUGCUCAUGUUCAAUGGGAUGGCUGAGCUUUCUAUGACUAUUGCUAAGCUUCCCGUCUUUUACAAGCAAAGAGACUUCCUAUUUUUUCCUGCAUGGGCAUAUGCUCUACCAACUUGGAUACUCAAGAUCCCAAUCACAUUUGUAGAAGUUUCCAUAUGGGUAUUUCUUACCUACUAUGUCAUUGGAUUUGAUCCAAAUGUUGAAAGGUUGUUUAGACAAUACCUUUUACUCGUUCUCGUUAAUCAGAUGGCUUCAGGAUUGUUUCGUUGCAUUGCAGCUAUAGCUAGAAACAUGAUUGUUGCUAACACUUUUGGGACAUUUUCUUUGCUUGUACUUUUUGCAUUGGGUGGCUUUGUCCUGUCACGAGAGGACAUAAAGAGUUGGUGGAUAUGGGGUUACUGGAUUUCACCUAUGAUGUAUGGACAAAAUGCAAUGAUGGUUAAUGAGUUCCUUGGGAACCAGUGGAGACGAGUUCUUCCGAACUCAACAGAAUCACUGGGCAUUGAAGUUUUGAAGUCUAGGGGUUUCUUCCAAGAUGCACGCUGGUAUUGGAUCGGAGUAGGGGGAUUGAUUGGAUUCAAUUUAUUGUUCAACUUUUGUUUUACUCUAGCUCUUACCUAUCUAAACUCAUUUGAGAAGCCUCGGGCUGUAAUAUCUGAUGAACCUGAAAGCAUCAAACAAGCCAAAGGAGUUGGAGUUGGUGGAAGCAUUCAGUUAUCAAACCAUGGAAGUAGCUCAAGUCAUGUAACUAAAUCAGAGAAUCAAGAUGACAUUCAAAGAAGCAUCUCUUCUAAGUCCUCAUCUAUGACUGAGGCAACUGUUGGGGCCAUAGGCAACAAGAAAAAGGGAAUGGUUCUUCCAUUUGAGCCACAUUCUAUCACAUUUGAUGACAUUAUCUAUUCUGUUGAUAUGCCACUGGAAAUGAAAGAGCAAGGUGUCGCUGAAGAUAGAUUGGUGCUAUUGAAGGGUGUUAGUGGUGCUUUCAGACCAGGUGUUCUCACGGCUCUAAUGGGUGUUAGUGGUGCUGGUAAAACCACUCUGAUGGAUGUGCUUGCUGGCAGAAAAACUGGUGGUUAUAUCGAUGGGAACAUCACAGUUUCAGGUUUCACAAAGAGGCAAGAAACAUUUGCUCGAGUAUCCGGAUACUGUGAGCAAAAUGACAUUCACUCUCCUCAUGUCACUGUGUAUGAAUCCUUGCUCUAUUCUGCUUGGCUUCGACUACCGACAGAAGUUGAUGCUGAAACCAGAAAGAUGUUCAUCGAGGAAGUCAUGGAGCUUGUUGAGCUGAAUCCAUUAAGGCAAGCACUAGUUGGUUUACCUGGUGUAAAUGGUUUAUCAACUGAGCAGCGAAAGAGGCUUACUAUUGCAGUUGAGCUUGUGGCAAACCCCUCUAUUAUUUUCAUGGAUGAGCCAACUUCAGGGCUUGAUGCAAGAGCUGCUGCAAUUGUUAUGAGAACAGUUAGGAACACAGUGGACACCGGAAGAACAGUUGUGUGUACCAUCCAUCAGCCAAGUAUUGACAUAUUUGAAGCAUUUGAUGAGCUAUUCCUUCUGAAGCGUGGAGGACAAGAGAUAUAUGUGGGGCCAUUAGGACACCAUUCUAAACAUCUUAUUAAGUAUUUUGAGGGAAUUGAAGGAGUUAGCAAAAUCAAGGAUGGCUACAAUCCUGCAACUUGGAUGUUGGAAGUUACCACAACAGCACAAGAAUUAGCUUUAGGUGUUGAUUUUGCUAAUAUUUACAAAAACUCAGAACUGUACAGGAGAAAUAAAGCUCUUAUUGAAGAUUUAAGCAAACCUGCUCCUGGUUCAAGGGAACUCUAUUUUCCAACUCAGUACUCUCAGUCAUUCUUGACUCAGUGUACAGCUUGCUUAUGGAAGCAGCACUGGUCAUAUUGGCGCAACCCACCAUAUACUGCCGUCAGAUUUCUUUUUACAACCGUUAUAGCAUUGAUGUUUGGGACACUGUUCUGGGACCUUGGCUCUAAAACGAACAGGAGGCAAGAUCUGAUCAAUGCAAUGGGUUCAAUGUAUGCUGCUGUUCUUUUCCUUGGCUUCCAAAACGCCUCAUCUGUGCAGCCUGUUGUGGCGGUUGAAAGGACAGUCUUUUAUAGAGAAAAAGCUGCUGGCAUGUAUUCUGCCAUGCCAUAUGCCAUUGCCCAGGUUGUGAUCGAGAUACCUUACGUUUUUAUUCAAUCUACUGUGUAUAGCAUUAUAGUAUAUGCGAUGAUCGGGUUUGAAUGGACUGCUGCUAAGUUCUUCUGGUAUCUCUUCUUUAUGUUCUUCUCCUUACUCUACUUCACCUUCUAUGGCAUGAUGGCUGUGGCUGUCACACCAAACUACCACAUUGCAUCCAUAGUUUCCUCAGCAUUCUAUGCAUUAUGGAAUGCCUUUUCAGGAUUCAUCAUCCCACGACCUAGUAUUCCUAUAUGGUGGAGAUGGUACUAUUGGAUUUGUCCAGUAGCUUGGACCUUUUAUGGAUUGGUUGUUUCACAAUUCGGAGACAUACAAACCCCCCUUCUGGAUGGCGACAGCGAAGAGACAGUUGAACAAUUCUUGAGAAAUUAUUAUGACUUCAAACAUGAUUUUCUGGGAGUAGUUGCAGCUGUAAUUCUUGGUUUCGCUGUACUCUUUGGAGCAAUCUUUACAGUGUCCAUAAAGGCGUUCAAUUUCCAAAGACGCUAGAAUGUUUGGUUUGAUACUUAAUGUAGAGGGUUAAAAGGAUCCAUCUUUGUAAUGUCAAAAUGUUCCUUUAUGUUUUUUUAUUACCAUAUUAAAUCUAUGACAUUUGAAUUCUUAUACAUUUAUUUCAAGAUACAAAUUCUUUCAUUGUAAUUGAAGAUUUUGUUGUAUGUAAAGUAACUAUGAAUCAAUGAAUAAAACUCUUCUUUCAUAUUUACAAAAAUCUACAAUUUCCGGUACCAAAGUCCAUUUUUUCUUCAAUUCUGUAUUUGAAAAUCUGAACACAUACACUUGAAAUUGGAAUGCUUUGCACGUAUAAAUUCUUGGAUACAAAAUCAAAUGAUUUGGCGAAAGGGAAAUGAAAAGCCAAACUAAUUAAAUAUAGUGCAUGGUGAAAUGUUGAUAGUUUGGGGC